ACAGACACAUAGGAUGUACACAUAUCUAGUUGGUAUAAAAAGGAUGCAGAAAAGAAGAGGUGGUAGAGGAGAGAUUAAGCAAGCCCUCACCUUUUACUCAUUCCUGUAUAUCUGUUUGGGGACAAAUAUUGCAAGGUUUCAGGCCAGAAAUAUUUAAUGAUAUCCUUACUAAUCAACAGAUGUUAAUGAAUGCCAAGAAUCUAACCCCUGUCACCAACGCUGCUUCAACACCAUUGGAAGCUUCCACUGUGGAUGUGAUCCAGGAUAUCAGCUAAAGGGUAGAAAAUGCAUGGAUGUGAAUGAAUGUAGGCAAAAUGUGUGCAGACCUGACCAGCUCUGCAAGAAUACGCGGGGUGGCUAUAAAUGCAUUGAUCUGUGCCCAAAUGGAAUGACCAAAGCAGAAAAUGGAACAUGCGUAGAUAUUGAUGAAUGCAGAGAUGGCACUCAUCAGUGCCGAUACAAUCAGAUAUGUGAAAAUUCACGAGGAAGCUACCGGUGUGUGUGUCCAAGAGGUUUCCGGUCCCAGGGCGUUGGAAAACCCUGCAUGG